CCACCUUGCCACCGGAGGGUACCCUCCUGUACCAGCCUGCCACCGGAGGGUACCCUCCUGUACCAGCCUGCCACCGGAGGAUACCCUCCUGUACCACCUUGCCACCGGAGGGUACCCUCCUGUACCACCUUGCCACCGGAGGAUACCCUCCUGUACCAACCUGCCACUGGAGGAUACCCUCCUGUACCACCUUGCCACCGGAGGGUACCCUCCUGUACCACCUUGCCACCGGAGGGUACCCUCCUGUACCAGCCUGCCACCGGAGGAUACCCUCCUGUACCACCUUGCCACCGGAGGAUACCCUCCUGUACCACCUUGCCACCGGAGGAUACCCUCCUGUACCACCUUGCCACCGGAGGAUACCCUCCUGUACCACCUUGCCACCAGAGGGUAACCCCCUGUACCACCCUGCCACCGGAGGAUACACCGACAGUAUCCUAG